AUGAACGCUCAUUCGUGGAGAGCUAUCGAUCCAUUCGGAAAAAUUUCAGCGAAAGAUCUACAACUCAUUAAUCGCACAUUUGGUGUACCAUCAUCACAAACGCAUAAAAGAAAUAAUUAUUAUUUAAGUUGGGGACGUAUGGGUUUCUAUAAUGGUUCAGCAGUUGAAGUCGAUGACGUUAGAACAGAACCUAAAGCACCCGAUAACGACUUGAAAGUACGACGAGGACAACGAACGACAAGAUAUUUUGUGAAAAAUGAUAAGAAAAGACAACAACAAAUAUAUGAGUGUGUUCGAAAUUUUUUGCAACAAAAACAUCGGAAUACGUUAGAAUUUGAUGAAUUGUAA